AUCGCCGAAAACAACCAUUCGGAUCCAAGUCCACAAGUUCCACAAAGAGAGUCCGGGAGAUCAUAGCCACAGAGAGGCGGAGAAAAUGGCUCGGCUCGAGAACCUCAUCCGCCCGCCGAUGCGAUGCGGCGCGGUGGCGAAGCGCUCCAUCUUCCCCUCUCUGCCGGCCGCCGGCUUCGCUCGGGGAAGGAAGUGGGGGAAAGCCGGCCGAAUGACCCUUGCUAUCGCUGCCAGGCUUGGCCGCGAGGACCCCGAUUUGCUCCUCCGAGCAGCUCUCAGGGCCGCGUCCCUUCGAUUCCAAGAGACCCUUCGACCAGAUCCUCUUUUCGUUGAUCCAUAUGCCUGCUGCCUUCUUUCCCCUAUCAGUGGUCAUUGGGAUAUGGAGGAACAACCUCCAGUUUUAACAACUACACUAUCUCCAUGUCACUAUAGGUUAGCAACAAAAUUCCUUGAUGACAAAUUGCUUAGUUUGGCGAGCAGUAUGGACAAAGUGAGGCAGAUUGUUUUGUUGACAGAUGGUAUGGACACCCGCCCAUAUAGGCUGAGUUGGCCUCAGCCAUCCAUUAUAUAUGAUGUCUCUCCAGAAAGUGUCUUCAAGGUAGCAUCUCAAAGGCUUAAAGGUGCUGGAGCUAAAAUUUCAAGAAACUGCAUGCUAGUCCAUGUUCCUCUGGAGUCUUCUGAUUUACAGGCAAUUUUGUGUGAGAAAGGCUUUAAAGGUGACAAACCAAGUUUAUGGGUGCUUCAGGGGCUACCGCUGUUGACUUCAACAGGCUUGAAUGACAUUUUGUUUGCCAUCAGCAAUUUAGCCAUGAAAGGAAGCUUUUUAAUUGGAGAAUUGCCCCUCUGUUUUCUGGGGACUGAAAUUGGAGACAUGCCUGCAGCGCAGAAGUAUAUGGAAAAACUUUUUAUAAGUCAUGGUUUCAGAGCUGAUGCAUUUGACUAUGGUGAAAUUGCAAAAAACAUGCUCUUGGAACCUCCAUCAGGAGCUUACAAGAAUGUCCUUUUCAUUGCAGAACAGUUGCGGCUAUCUGAUUCUCAGAACUAUUAGAGGGAGUGCUGGCAAGUGUGCGGGAUGAUCCAGCAAUUGGAUAACAAGGAUGCCCAGAAGGUUUUCCAUUCAUAGACUAAUUAAUCUACCUGAAGCUAGCAAAUAAAUGAAAGCUUACGUGUAUGCUUAUUCAUCCUCAUGUUUUCCUAAGAUGGAGUCCUUAAUUACUUUCUUGGUGAUCGUAGUCUAGAACCUUAACAAGAUCAAAUUUUAUCAUAAAGCAAUGAUUGGUGAUCUAUGGUAUCCCGAUUUGAUAGGGGUAUCAGUCGGAGAGACUGUUUCUAUCCCCUGUUGAGGCUUUUUCUCUUAUCCUGUCUCCUUUUAACUAUGCCGGAAAGUCGCCCAUUAACUUAUGAGAUAUGAUUGGAUAGUUUCGACUCUUGGGUGGCAGAAAUGAGGUUUCCAAACACCCUGUAAAUGCAGGCUAGCACCAGCAUUGCAGUGUAUUUAGUGUGAAUAAUUCUUUUUCUUUUUUUUUUU